AUGCCAUCGGGAGAACCUCAGGACACCCCCAACCCGACGCGCCCCUCGGGGGACACAACCGCACCCGCAGCGGGAGCCACACCCUCACCACCGGGCUCAACCCCCCGCCGCACCUUGGAAGACGAACGGCAAGGAACUACCUUAACAAUCAAGGGAUGGACACCACCCGACGAGGGCUCCCCAGGCGCUGGAGACACCAUCCACAUCCUCUCCACGUCCUCCGCCGCCGCGAGCCCGAUGCCAUGCUCAUGGCCAGACCCCCUUCCGAAGGGGGAGGAGGAACCACGUGAGAAGUGGAGGGAGGAGCACCAGCCAAAGCCACACCAUCUGAAGCCUCGAUCCUCUUCCCAGGGGGGUCCACGGCUGUGUGACCGAUCCCGCGGAGCGAGCUUCCGUCGAGGAACAGAAGAUCCCAGCACAACCACAGGAAGCACAGCACAACCAACUGUAGACGGUGGCACCACUUCACCAGCCGCAGGAACACUGCAUGGCUGGCCAUCAGAAGACACCAUAGCAACACCACCCCCGGCCUCGGGCAACGCACCGGCCACAGCACACGGGCCGCCCUCCGACCCCACACCACACGCGUUGGACGGCAAGACAUCACACAGGACGCUAUGCACCUCUGCCGCCACCAGCAAAGUUGCACGUGAAGCAGGAGCCGUGAGAACAGCAGAGUCAACUGGCAAAGCGGAGGGACCAGCAGCAGACGUAGAGACAGGGACAACAGGGAAAGAUACCUCUCCAAGUGUGCCCAUAGAGCCUGGUUCCACAGAGGGCGCCCCAGCCUCCGGCAAAAGCGGAAAAUCAUCCCCAUGGAACACUGAUGGGUCUGCCGCUCGAGGGGCAUGGCAAGCAGCAGCGAAAUGUCCCACCUCACCACACCGGAAGCAGGAGCGAGUCUGA